AUGCUGAAUGAGUACCGUAAUCGUUCAACGUUCUCUGUUGAACGUAUGAGAAAUAUAUUUGAAGAUGAACCAUCACAAGCUUAUCGAACUAAACUUUGGUCAAUAUUAAAUUCCAAAUCUAUAUUUCAUCAAUCACAAUAUCCGAAAUCAAUUGAUGAAUAUAAACAUUUAACUUAUUAUCGUUAUAAAGAAUUAACAAAAUUAAAUUUAUUAACCGAUGAAGAAUUAUAUGAAAAUCCACGUUGGAAAAUGAUACUUGAACAAUGUUUAGCUAUGUAUGAUUCAUCAUGUCAUGCGAAAUAUACACUUCAUACAACAGUAUUUCGUGAAACAAUACGUAAAUUAGGCACACAAAGACAUAAUUAUUUACUUGAUCUAGAUAAAAAUGAGCAGAUAUUUGGAUGUUUUGCUUUAACUGAAUUAUCACAUGGAAGUAAUACGAAAGAAAUGCAAACAACAGCUAUUUAUGAUCGAAAUACUCAGGAAUUUAUAUUAAAUACACCAGAUAUUGAAGCAAUGAAAUUUUGGGUUGGAAAUUUAGGCUAUCAUGCAACACAUGCUAUUGUCUAUGCUCAACUUUAUACCAGUGAUAUAUGUUAUGGUCUUCAUUUAUUUAUUGUUCCUAUUCGUGAUCCAUUGACAUAUAAAACAUUUGAUGGUAUUGAAGCAGGAGAUAUUGGUGCAAAAUGUGGAUGGAAUGGUUUAGAUAAUGGAUUUUUAAUCUUACGAAAUUAUCGUAUACCAAGAGAAAAUUUACUUAAUAAACAUGGUGAUGUUCUACCUGAUGGAACUUAUAAAACUCCAUUUAAAUCAUCAAAUAAACGAUUUGGUGCAAGUCUUGGUGCACUUUCAUCAGGUCGUGUUGGUAUUAGUAGUUUAGCAAUUGGUUUAUUAAUUAAAUGUAUAACAAUUGCUGUUCGAUAUUCAUGUGUUAGAAAACAAUUUGGACCAUCACCCGGUAUAGAAAUACCAAUUAUUGAAUAUCAAACACAAAAUUGGCGUUUGACUCCAAUAGUUGCAUCACUUUAUAUUUAUCGACAUUUGGCAUUAACUGUUUUUGAUAAUUUAGCAGAAUUUUAUGCAUUAUCAUUGUCACCGGAUGAGAAUGAUCGAGACUUACUUGCUGAUAUGGGUAGAGAAAUUCAUGCUUUAUCAUGUACAUGUAAAGCAAUUUGUACAUGGAAUACACAGAGAGCAAGUCAAGAAUGUCGAGAAGCUUGUGGUGGCCAUGGGUAUUUAUACGCUAGUGGUUUUGGUAUUAUACGAGAUGAUAAUGAUCCAUCAUGUACAUUCGAAGGAGAUAAUAAUGUUUUAUUACAACAAGGUUCGAAUUAUAUUUUAUCAAACUAUGAAGAGUUUUAUAAGAAAAGUAAAAAUCUUUUUUUAUAA